UGUCACUGGAAUGAUGGACGGGGUGGAUUGACGUGGUCGGCAAGAGAAGACGUAUAAUGGCGGAGGCUGCACCUCUUCAGCUUCUGUCCCCGUUCUCUUCUCUUCAGCUUUUGCAUUGCUGUAGUGCCGGAGACCCUCAGAUACCCCGAUCACCACAAUGUCGACUCCAAUUCCACGACCACCAGGAAUCCCAGUGCUGGGAAACGUCUUUGACAUCACACCUAGCAACACAUGGUGGUCCCUCAAGGCAUUGGCAGAGAAAUAUGGCGAAAUCUUCCAGGUCAAGAUCCUCGGCAAGACCAUCGUCUUCGUCGCCAGCGCCGCCCUCGCCGAAGAAAUCUGCGAUGAACAACGCUUCCAGAAAUACGUAGGCGGUCCCAUCGUCGAGAUCCGCGCUUUGGUCCACGAUGCCCUCUUCACAGCCUACGACCACGAACAAAGCUGGGGAAUCCAUCACCGAAUCAUCGCUCCCCUCCUCACCCCUCAAGCCGUCUCAGGCUACACCGACGACAUCAACCUCUGCGCAACCGAGGUCAUCCAAAAAUGGGCAUCCCUCGGUGACAACAACGUCCUCGAGCCUCUCGUCGACCUCAACCUCGUCAACCUCGAAGCCACAUCCCUCACCCUCUUCAGCCAAAAACUCAAUUGCAUCCAAGCCGGCGGCCAUCCCGUCAUCCAAGGCAUGGAAGAUGCCGUCUCCGAAGCCAUCAUGCGCCCAACUCGCCCCGGUCUCGUCAACUGGCUCCUCUACUCCUCCAAGUUCAAGAAAGCCAUCAAGACUCUACGAACCUGGGGCGCGGACACUCUCAAAUACCGUCAAGAAAACCCCACAGACAAGCACGACAUGCUUUGGGCCUUCAUGAACGCCAAAGACCCCGAAACCGGAAAGGGUCUCUCCGAGUCCGAAGUCAUCGACGAAAUCGUCACCAUGCCCAUCGGCUCCGCCACCGCGCCCUGCGCCGUAACCGCCACCAUCUACUACCUGCUCCAAAACCCAGAAGUCGUCACCAAAGCCCGCGAAGAACUCGACCGCGUCAUUGGCACCGGCCCUCUCAAGGACGAGCACCUCUCCCAACUCCCCUACAUCGAAGGCAUCACCCGCGAAACCCUCCGUCUCUCGUGCGCCGCACCAGGCUUCAACAUCGAGCCCAUCCCCCGCCAAAACAAAGCCGACAAGUCCCCCAUCCUCCUCCAAGGAGGCAAGUACCAAGUCGCCCACGACCAAAAGCUCAUCAUCGUCCUAGCGGGCGUCAACCGCGACCCAGCCGUGUUUGAGGAUCCCCUGGCGUUCAAGCCCGAGAGGAUGAUGGGCGACGAGUUUGACCGGUUGCCCAAGGGUGUGAAGAAGUGGUUCGGUAAUGGCAAGAGGGAGUGUAUCGGCAAGGAGUGGGCCAAGAAUUUCUUGAAGAUUGUAACGGCGAGACUGAUACAUGAGGUCGACUUUGAGGUGGCGGAUGAGGGGUAUGAGUAUAGGCAGGAUGGCUGGUUCCAGAUCAGGCCGGUUGGGUUUAAGGUGAGGGUUAAGCCGAGGGUGAUGGCCUAGGGUGAUGAUGGCCUGAAAGCCUGGGAGGUAUAUGAGAAGGGGUCAUGGAAGUGGAAGUGGAAGUGGAAGUGGAACGUGUAACGGGUUUGCUUGUUAGUUGAAUUUGGAAUACCAUUUGGCGUUUGUUUUGGAGAUGUUUACGUGCUUGCUCCUUUCAGUUCCUUCUGGUGCUGUGGUUCGAUAUCAUCCGAACCAACAAGAUCAUGACGCUCGUUCCCAUUAUGAAAUUUAACACUUUU